AGGACGUGUCCAAAACGGAAUGUGUCGAUCUGAAAUUAUAACAAACGACUCCUCCCCAAAUUAUCGAGCAUAAAGACAAAUAGGGUAAACAGGUAGAAUUGGCCUUGGAAAUUAAUGCUGACUCCCGAGAGGUUUUUCUCGGGCUCUUCGUCAUGAGUUCAAGGUAAUGGGUGAAUCCCCAUCACGAGGUGUGAUUAUUCGACCGAGAAAUGCCCGCGAGGGAUGAGAUCCCCAGUUUAAUGCCCUUUGGAGACACAGAGCACAGUUGGACCGACGAUCUGCCGGUCUGCAAAGAAUCUGGCGUUGGUCUCUCCACGAAUCAGAUAUACAGAGAGGAUGGGUACAGACAGGAGGAUCACCCCUUCGAGGACCGGAGUUUUCACUGCAAAUACGAUGACAGCACAUUCUUGUACGGAAUUUUCGAUGGCCAUGAGGGAACGAGAGCUGCCAAUUUUACACUCCAGAGAAUGGCUGCGGAGAUAUUGCUGGGGCAGUUGACUGGGAAAACUACUGAUGAGGAAGUCAAAGAAGUCUUGAGACAAGCCUUCAUCGCAGUGGAGCGUGGCUACUUCGACUCGAUAGGAGAGGUCUUAGCCGAACGUACAAGCCUCCAAUUCGACAUACCAGACGGUUUGAACUCCUACGAGGCAUAUCAGAAAUUCCCCGAGGUAGUCGACAAACUGAAUGAACUCAACGGCGAGCUCUCGGCAGGAACUAGUGCCAUAGUUGCUUUAGUGUACAGGAAUCGACUGUAUGUUGCCAAUGUUGGGGACAGUCGAGCACUUUUAUGUAAAACUGAUGACAAUCAAGUGUUGAGAGUCGUUCAGCUGUCGAUUGACCACGAUUUGAGGAAUGAGGAUGAGCUCUUGAGAUUGUCACAGCUGGGGCUGGAUGUCAAAUCGAUUAGACAAGGUUCUCACCUGGGAAAUCAGGAGAACACUCGCUGCUUAGGGAAUUGGCUGGUGAAAGGAGGGUACAGGGAGUUUGAGGAGUUGGCACCAGCCAUUGCAGAGCCGAUAAUAGCAGAGCCAGAGAUCCUGGGAGGAAUUGAACUCGAUGAAUCCUGCAGAUUUCUCCUUCUGAUGUCUCGAGGGCUGUACAAAUCUUUGGAGGAAGCUACUGGCACUGAUCAGGUCAACAAAGAGUUGGCGCUGAUGGCAGUGGAACAGUUUCGAAUUCAAUCGACUAUAACAGGCGUAUCCCAGGCAGUAGUCGACAAAAUAGUGAGAAUCCACCACGACGUAAACAUGAGCAAUCCCGAGAGCAGCCAGACGAGUGGUAAACGCGAGGACAUCACCCUCCUAGUUCGAAACUUCAAUUUCCCCCUGCCCCAUGCCCUCAAGAGUCCGACAAUAGGACAAGUGCGUUUCAAUCCAAUAGUGCAAACAACUGUUGCCAGUGGUCAGGACAAUUACUCCAGUAUCAGUACAGUGGCGAGUAAUGAUAACUUCGAUCCGUCCAGCAACGAGACCUCCAGCACUUCGGAGUUAUAUCCACCAGGAGCCAAACCACCGGACAGAAACGCCAGGAUAAAGCCUUAUGUGGACUUUACUGAGUACUUCGACAAUGUUGAGAGGCGGAGGGAGGGAGGAACUCUCCCCGAGGGUAUCGAUUUUUAACUUGCUGUGAUCUUAGGUCCGGGGAAUAGGUAAUUUAUUUUGUUUCAGUGUUAAUAAACGUGUUUGCAGCACUUUCUGUUGACUCA